GGUCAACACGCCGCCGGCCUCCCAGCCGAGACCGUCUCCAAGUUUCAGAUGUCCUUCCUCGCCGUCCAGGAGGUCUACUUCCUCAAUGCAGUGCUCACCAAGUGCGCCCUGCUGUGUCUGUACUACCGCAUCUUUGGCAUCUCCCGGAGGUUCACCAUCGCCAUCUACGUCGUCGGCGUCCUUGUCGUUAGCUACUUCAUCGUAUGCGUCGUCCUCUCCAUCGCCGGGUGCCAGCCGGUGUCAUAUUUCUGGAACAAGGCCCAGGCCGGACGCUGCUUUAACGAAGUCAACUUCUUCCGCGCCAAUGGUAUCACCAACAUGCUGCUGGAUAUCACGGUGCUCAUUCUUCCGCUCCCUAUGGUCUGGAGACUGGAUCUGGAACUGCGGCAGAAGUUGGCCGUGACGGGCAUGUUUCUCCUGGGCUCGUUCGUCUGCGUCACUUCCAUCCUUCGAAUUCUCGCCUUCAGGACUUCCAAACAGUCCGACCCAACCUACACGACCAUCGACACGGCCACGUGGUCUUCUGUCGAGCAGUCGCUAGGCAUCGUGUGUGCAUGCCUGCCCACCCUGCGGCCGCUGUUC